AGGCUCUUGAUCCAGUUUUGCACCUCCUUCCUUCCUGGCUGGCCGAUUUUGCUGAGGAUGGCGAAAGUAAUUGCAGCGUGUAUCCUUCUCCUGUUGUCUGCCUUGGCUGUGGAGUCAUCGGAGCAGCUGCAGAAAGCGGCAUCCGUGCUCCCUGACGGCCAGUACUACUUCUUCGAACCCUUCAGCGAGGGAUGGCAGUCCAAGUGGGUCAACACAACCUCGAGCGAGUACACCGGGGAGUGGGAGUGGGUCAAGAACUACUCCGAGGUGACGGAGGAUUAUGGGCUGAGGAUGGGAAGCGCGGGGCAGAAACAUGCGCUCUCCUCGGCCUUUGAGAAGCCGAUCGAAGUGAAGGACUCGACGUUUGUCGUGCAGUAUGAGGUCAAGGCCAUGAACGGGUUGGCGUGCGACGGCGCGUACAUCAAGUUGUUGCAGAAGGACGCGGCCAAGAAGCUGCAGGAGUUUGAUAACAACCUCCGAUACACCAUCAUGUUCGGGCCGGAUCGUUGCGGGAGCACCGACAAGGUUCACUUCAUCCUUCAGCACCAGAACCCCGUGACGAAGCAAUGGGAGGAGAAGCAUGCCAAGGGGACGCCAGCAAGCAGUGCAGCCGACAAGAUGACUCACUUGUACACGCUUAUCAUCCGCCCUGACAACUCGUUCGAGAUCCUUGUGGACAUGCAGAGCAAGAUGAAGGGCAGCCUGCUCAAGGACAUGGACCCUCCUGUGAACCCUCCCAAGGAGAUCGACGACCCUGAUGACGUCAAGCCUUCGGAUUGGGUCGAUGAACCCAAGAUGGAUGAUCCCAAGGCCAGCAAGCCCGCUGACUGGGAUGAGACUCUCCCUGAGUACAUCGAGGACGCUAACGCCAAGAAGCCGAGUGGGUGGAACGACGACGAGCCUCUGCGUGUUCCUGAUCCCGAUGCCAAGAAGCCUGAUGACUGGGAUGACGAGGAGGAUGGAGACUGGGAAGCCCCAAUCGUUGACAACCCUAAGUGCAAGGUAGGAUGCGGAGAGUGGAAGCGCCCGACCAUCCGCAACCCGGCCUACAAGGGCAAAUGGUACCCCCCCAAGAUCGACAACCCCGACUACAAGGGCCCAUGGGCUCCUCGCAAGAUCCCCAACAAGGAUUGGUUCGAAGACCUCCACCCUCACAACGUCCAUCCCAUGGACGCCAUCGGCAUCGAGCUCCUGACCAACGCUGGCGGCAUCGUCUUUGACAACCUCCUCAUCACCAACUCCGAGGCGGUGGCUACCUCGUAUGCGGAGAAGACCUGGAAAGUCCGCAACAAGGAGGAGGCAGCUAAAAUAGCGAAGAAUGCUCCGGGCAUGGUUCAGAAUCUCUCCAAGGCACUGGCGGAUAUGCAGAUCCAAAUCGGCGAGCUCUACAAGGAGAAGCCCGUCGUCGUCAUCGGCGUCUUCGGAGUCUGCGCCCUGCUCAUGAUCCUCCUCGUCUACAUCUGCAUCUCCCCAGCUCAGUCUGCCCCCAAGAGCAGGCAGGGGGCAGCCAAGAAGAAGGCAGAGCCCAGCGAUAGCAAGAAGACCGACGAGCCGACCCCUGAUGACAAGGAGACGACUGAAGACAAGGCCGAAGAUGCUGAGGAUGAAGAGAUCGAGGAGAUCAGCACUCCAGGAGCUGCUGCAUCAAGCAAGCCAAAGAAGCGAUCGAGCAGGAAGGACUGAAGCUUUUAGCGGGGAGAAAGGACGGGGACGAGGAGGGGGGGAAAGAGCCAAGGAAAGAAAAUCUCUUUGACCUAUGUGUAUGUUUGCAUCUAACUAGCAAACUCCCUUUGAUGCGCAUCCGUAGCGAUACUUGUAGAUGGAGGGUUUCACGUGAUAGUGCCUGGUAAAAGUUCUGAACAU